AUGUGCAACGGCCAUUGCACAUCUCCAGGGCCGACGCACGUCGACGCACGUCGACUGGGAGCACGAUGCUCGGAUAUUUAUUUCCAGGAGGUCAACGUCACAGGGACGUGGGCAGACAAGGCGCAGCCCGGAGGUUUCCACUUCAACUUUCGCGGCGCGCGCGACAACAAGCCGAAGUGGGUGAACUUCGGGCCGGUGGAGCUCAAAAUCGUCCAUUGUCACACUGGCGAGGGGCAGCAGUAUUUGAACGUCUACCUUAAGAACCUUCGGCGUGCUGGGUUUCACGUCGGAGGGCUGCUGGGUGAGGAUGAUUACACGGAGGCUGCGACGCUCGAGGCAGGGUGCCAGAAGAUGAUAUCCCUAUCGGCGGGUCCGGAUGGUCAAGCUCCGCAUCGACAGGGCUCCUCCGCAAUCGGCUAUUGA